AUGCGAGGGAUUCUUUUCUUCACCGACUUGCUUUCUGCGUUCGGAUCUUGUGUUUCUUUUGCUACUAUUUUAAAACCGACGGAAAUGGGCGUUUUAGCCGGGUCUCUGGGUAUCUUUUUGAGAGGAAUGGCGUAUCAGGCGUGGUUGAUCGAAGGCCGGUUUAUGGACAAGGCUUCUGGGGUCUGGUUCACAAGGGUGGUUAUCUGGUUUUCAGCGGACAUGCGUCAUGUUCCAGCGUUCUAUCUCACGAAUUUGUUCUUAUGCUGCUUUCGCGGUCCUUUUCUAUGCACUUCCCUGAUGAUAUUCGAUAUGUACAGUUCGUUUUCUUGA